CGAAGGUAGCAGUAUAUUUUCAUACCCGUACAUGAGUACAACAGCUAUUUAAAUGGGAGAAAAUCUUCCCUUUUCAAUCAAUCAUAAAAAAGAUCACCAAAAUCCCUCCCCCAAAGAAAACACACACAGUACAAUCCAAAUCACAAUCGACGUCCUAAUCGCACGCGCUUUUAAUCUCGAUUAAACUACUGAACGUAAAUAGCACAACUAUCCAUUCCCUCCCCCAGCCAAAGCUAUAGCAUAGAGCGACCUUUCGAUCGUUCCCUAUAAAUCACCACCCCUCCUCGUCGCCUCCCUUUCGCUGCUUACAUGCAAAAAAACUCCCAUAAACCCCUCCUCUUCGAGAAAAUCCCUUUUUGUUCAACCACGACGCGAAUUCCCAAGCAACCCCCCCACACCCAGCUGAGUAGCUGACGCAGCACCAGCAGUCGCGGGGAAAGGGACACGUCUCGCCGCCCCAGCUUCCCGCCUCCCUCCCAUCCCGCCGCCGCGGACGCGUCCAAGCCACAGCAACAGCAACCACUCCGACGAACACCUCGCCUGCGCGAUGGUGGCGGCGGCGCUGGACGCGAUGGCGGGGACGAGGUGGGGGAGGUGGCUGGGGCUCGUGACGGCGGUGUGGGUGCAGUGCAUCUCCGGCAACAACUACACCUUCUCCAACUACUCCCACUCCAUCAAGACGCUCAUGGGCCUCACCCAGCUGCAGCUCAACGGCCUCUCCGUCGCCAAGGACGUCGGCAAGGCGUUCGGCCUCCUCGCCGGCCUCGCCUCCGACCGCGUCCCCACCUGGCUUCUCCUCGCCGUCGGCUCCCUCGAGGGCCUCCUCGGCUACGGCGCGCAGUGGCUCGUCGUGUCCCGGGCCGUCGCGCCGCUGCCCUACUGGCAGAUGUGCGUCUUCCUCUGCCUCGGCGGGAACAGCACGACGUGGAUGAACACCGCCGUGCUCGUCACCUGCAUCCGCAACUUCCGCCGGAGCAGGGGGCCGGUGUCCGGGUUGCUCAAGGGCUAUGUGGGGCUCAGCACGGCGAUCUUCACCGACGUCUGCUCCGCGCUCUUCGCCGACGACCCGGCCUCGUUCCUCGUCAUGCUCGCCGUCGUGCCGGCCGCGGUGUGCGCGGUCGCCAUGGUGUUCCUCCGCGAGGGGGAGGUUGGCGGCGGCGGCGCGGACGGGCGGGAGGAGGAGGAGGAGGAUGGGUGGUGCUUCGCCGCAAUCAACACGCUCGCCGUCGCCAUCGCGCUGUACCUCCUCGCCGCCGACCUCACCGGCGUCGGGGGAGGCGGCGGGGUCGUGUCGGCCGUCUUCGUGGCCGUCCUCCUUGUGCUCCUCGCGUCCCCCGCCGCGGUGCCGGCGCACGUGGCGUGGAAGUCCUGGAUGAAGACGCGGAAGCUCGCGAACGCCGACGUCGAGGAGGCGGAGGAGUGCGCGUCCGCCCCGCUCCUCGUGGCGAAGGCGACGGCGGCGGCGGCGGCGGAGGCGCGCGGCCCCGGCGAGAAGCCGGUGCUCGGGGAGGAGCACACGAUCGCGCAGGCGCUCAUGUCGCUGGACUUCUGGCUCAUGUUCGCGUCGUUCCUGAUGGGCGUCGGCACGGGGCUCGCCGUGAUGAACAACCUGGGGCAGAUGGGCGUCGCCAUGGGCUACUCCGACGUCUCCCUCUUCGUCUCCAUGACCAGCAUCUGGGGAUUCUUCGGCCGCAUCGCCUCCGGGACCAUCUCCGAGCACUUCAUCAAGACAAGAGCAAUUCCACGCCCCUUGUGGAAUGCAGCUUCGCAAAUCCUGAUGGCCGUGGGCUAUGUUGUGAUGGCAGUUGGUAUGCCAGGCUCCCUCUUCGUCGGCUCCGUUGUGGUUGGCAUCUGCUACGGUGUCCGCCUGGCGGUCACCGUGCCAACAGCAUCUGAACUGUUCGGUCUCAAGUACUACGGCCUCAUCUACAACAUCCUCAUUCUCAACUUACCACUCGGCUCCUUCCUCUUCUCUGGCCUUCUUGCUGGCCUCCUCUACGACGCGCAGGCCACCAAGGUACCCGGUGGUGGCAACACCUGUGUUGGUGCGCACUGCUACCGCCUCGUGUUCGUGGUCAUGGCGAUUGCCUGCGUCGUCGGGUUCGGUUUGGAUGUCUUGCUGUGCUUCAGGACCAAGAGGGUGUAUGCCAAGAUCCAUGAGAGCAAGAGGCAGAGCAGGUCGGCAGUUGUGCAGAGGGUAAGCUAGCCAAAACCUACAGCUAUGAGAAAAAUGGUACAGAUUCGCGCAAUUGCAUCAAGAUUCAAUGAUUCAACGAGUGCAGGUUCUGUAAAUUUUGUGCAAAUAAGAGGAUCCCAUGUCUUGAUUCUUUGGAAUUAGAUGGAUGGAUCCAUUCAAUCGGUAUAGUUUAACUGCCACGGAGGUUUCUAGGGGCUGAUUCGAGCAAUGUUUGCCCUGUGUGUGUAAUUCAGUACUAGUACUGACUACUACUGACUGAGAGGCUGCAGAUUGUGGAGUUGUCUGAUCCCUCGGUGUAAUCAGUUUAGUCAGUGUAUCCUUGAGGAAAUGUAUUCUCGGUUUUAGCCUGUACGAUGAAUUGUUGUGCAAUUAGCCUGUUGGCAUAUAAAUUCAGAUCAAUUCAAGCCAUUCUUUUUGGAA